CCAUUCUCACCACCACCACCAUUAACAACUUGAUUUCAAUUUCACAAAUCUUCAAAAAUGGAAGAAGAAACGAUUCAAAAGAAACGAUUCCGCACCGAUUCCGACGAGUUAGAUCUUGACUCACCAGAAGUUAAGCGUCUCAGAGACGAUCUCCUCAACGAUUCCGAUCCAUCAACAACAACUCCAGAAGAUCUAGAUUCAUUCAUGAAAACCUUCCAGCAAGAGAUCUCCGCUUCUCCACCGCCACCGCCACAGACGGAUCUAGGUUAUCUUCUAGAAGCUUCCGACGAUGAACUCGGUUUACCUCCUUCUACUUCAUUAACACCGGUGAGAGAACAGGAGAAGGAACAACCGGAGAGAAUUGAAUUAUUCAGUGAGUUAUGGAAGUUAGAUGAUGAGUUUCUGAGUUACGAUUCGUUCGAUUUUGGAAUCGGACAAGAGGAUGAUCAUAAUAAUUACGUUGCUUUGGAUGGAUUGUUUGAUUACUCUGAUUUUGCCGUUGGAUCGUCGUCGUCGGAUGCGGCUGAGUUAUUAGUGAGGCCGGAAACUUUGCCGGCGCAGUAGUCUGAUGGUCGCCGGAAACCUUGCCGGCGCACAGAAUAUCUGGAAAAAAAAUGAUGUAAAGUUGUUUUGAUUUAUUUAUUAUUAAAAAAGAUGGAGAGGUUAGUUAAUAGUUUUUAUAAUUAUAAUUAAUCAUUAAUUACAUUUAUUUAAAUUUAAAAAAAAAGUUAAUUUAAUCUUCUCCUUUUGACAUUUUAUGAUAAUAAAGAGGGACAAUUUAAAA